AUGGCUCCAGCCCGGACGGACUGCAGCGGCUGGGAGAUGCUCCUCCCGACGGGAUGCCUGCUCCUGUCGGCUCUGCUAUUCCAACCUGCCCUGGCCAAGGUGUGCAACGACCGCACCAGACACGGGCAGGAUAACAGCUGGUUCGCCAAGGAUGGGGAAGACUUGCCCAUCAUGGUCCUCAUGCCAAUGAACGAGUCGGCCCUGAUGAGCAGCAUCAGCCAAGGUAUCGAGCCCGCGGUGCAGCUGGCCAUCCAGCACAUACGGGAGUCCAGGAAGUACUCGUUCUCCCUCAUCACCAAAAUCUACGACACCGAGUGCGACAAUGCCAAGGGGCUGAGGGCCUUCUUUGAUGCCAUAUGUUACGGCCCCAAACACCUGAUGAUCUUCGGGGGCGUCUGUCCUUCGGUGACCUCCAUCAUUGCCGAGUCGCUAGAGGGCUGGAACCUGGUGCAGCUGUCCUUUGCGGCGACGACGCCGGUUCUGGCAGACAAGAAAAAAUAUCCCAACUUCUUCCGGACCGUUCCAUCUGACAACGCGGUGAACCCGGCCGUGGUGAAGUUCCUCAACUUCUACAACUGGAGCCGCGUGGGGACACUCACGCAGGACGUUCAGAGAUUCUCAGAGGUGAGGAAUGACCUGACCAAUGAGCUGGAGAAAGCAGACAUCCAGAUUGCCGACACCGAAAGUUUCUCCAACGAUCCCUGUGUCAACGUAAAGAAGCUCAAGGACAAUGAUGUGAGAAUUAUUAUUGGACAGUUUGAUGAGCACCUGGCCUCCAAAGUCUUCUGCUGUGCAUACAACCUGAAUAUGUUUGGCAGUAAGUACCAGUGGAUCAUCCCUGGCUGGUACCAGGGAAACUGGUGGGAACAGGCUAACACCACCAACUGUACCACCAAAAAGCUCCUCACUGCCAUGGAGGGCUACAUCAGUGUGGACUUCGAGCCACUCAGCGCCCGACAGAUCAAGGGCAUUUCUGGCAGAACCCCUAAGGAGUACGAGAGGGAGUAUAGCCGUGAACUUCAGCAGAAGGGGGUGGAGGCCAGCAAAUUCCACGGCUUUGCCUAUGAUGGGAUGUGGGUGAUCGCCAAGACCCUGACACGGGUCAUGGAGCUGCUCCGACUCAAACAGCGACAGGACGUCUACCACAACUUCACUGUGGAUGACCGUGAGGUGGGCAAGUUGGUGCUUGACGUCAUGAACGAGACCAACUUCAAUGGCGUCACGGGCCAGGUCAUGUUUCGGAACGGGGAAAGGAUGGGCACCAUCAAAUUCAACCAGUUCCAAGAGGGCCAAGAGGUGAAGGUAGGAGAGUACAACGCUAUUGCUGAUGUACUAGACCUCAUCAACAACUCUGUCAGAUUCAAAGGUGUGGAGCCUCCUAAGGACCGCACAUUUGUGCGUCUGCAGCGCCGCCAUAUCAACGUGCCGCUCUACAGCAUCCUGUCCACCAUCACCAUACUGGGCAUGCUCAUGGCCGGGGCCUUCCUCUUCUUCAACAUCAAGAACCGCAACCACCGACUAAUCAAGAUGUCCAGUCCCUACAUGAACAACCUGAUCAUUCUAGGAGGAAUGCUCUCCUACGCCUCAAUCUUCCUCUUCGGCCUGGACGGAGGCUUUGUCUCCGACAAGGAGUUUGAGACCCUCUGCACUGUUCGCACGUGGAUCCUCAUUGUCGGCUACACAACAGCAUUUGGCGCCAUGUUUGCCAAGACCUGGAGGGUGCAUGCAAUCUUCAAGAACGUGAAGAUGAAGAAGAAGAUCAUUAAGGACCAGAAGUUGUUGAUUAUUGUCGGUGGGAUGCUGUUGAUCGACCUGUGCAUCCUCAUUUGCUGGCAGAUCGUGGAUCCUCUCAAGAGGACCGUGGAAGAAUACAGCUUAGAGGCGGACCCCCAGGGCCGAGACAUUGCCAUCCGUCCUUUCCUGGAGCACUGUGAGAACACCCACAUGACCAUUUGGCUGGGCAUCGUCUAUGCUUACAAGGGGCUGCUGAUGUUGUUUGGCUGUUUCCUCGCAUGGGAAACCAGGAACGUGAGCAUUCCGGCACUCAAUGACAGCAAGUACAUUGGGAUGAGCGUGUACAACGUCGGCAUCAUGUGCAUCAUUGGUGCAGCCGUGUCCUUUCUGACCAGGGACCAGCCAAAUGUGCAGUUCUGCAUUGUGGCGCUGGUCAUCAUCUUCUGCAGCACCAUUACUCUCUGUCUGGUCUUUGUACCCAAGUUCAUCACCAUGAGAACCAAUCCGGAUGCAGCCACCCAGAACCGCAGGUUAAAGUUCACCCAGAACCAGAAGAAGGAGGACUCCAAGACGUCCACCUCUGUCACCAGCGUCAACCAGGCCAACACUUCCCGGCUGGACAGCCUGCAAACAGACAACCACCGCCUUCGCAUGAGGAUAACAGAGCUGGACAAGGAGCUGGAGGAGGUGACCAUGCAGCUCCAGGACACGCCAGAGAAAACUCCCUACAUCAAGCAGAACCACUAUCCAGACGCUAAUAACAUCCUCAGCAUACGCAACUUCACUGAAAGCAAAGAUGGGGAGAAGACAAUACUGAAGAACCACCUGGAGCAGAAGCCCCAGGCACAGUGGGGCUCCAUGGAUCCUUCAAGGAUAAACAGAGGUCCCCUGGAGGAUAUCAACUCGCCUGAACACAUACAGCGUCGGCUUUCCCUGCAGCUGCCCAUCCUUCACCACGCCUACCUACCCUCCAUAGGGGGAGUAGAUGCCAGCUGCACCAGCCCCAACGGCAGCCCCGGCUCCAGCCCGCGGCACAGACACAUGCCCCCCUCCUACCGGGUGAUGGUCUCCGGCCUGUGA